CAUGGUGUAAUGCUAUUGCUGGGGCUUCAAGCACCUCCCAUUUGUCUUUUGCCCAUGUCCAGCGACGACGCCCUCUGCAAGUACACGUACAAGCCGUGCACGAACCAGCGCGUUAUGAAGCGCAACGGCGCACUCCACCUCCUCUGCGCCUUCCACAGAGACCGAGCCAAUGCGAUCCAAAAGAUCCAUGCCGCCAACAAAAAACUUCGCCAAGCACUCGCAACCAUGGAGCCAAGCGACUUUACCGGCCAUGACGACGGCUUUGACUUGGCGUCGGUCGUCGACAAUGACGAGCUGCAGUACCUCUGCGAGCUCCUCCUGAGCGGCGAGAGCGACGACGAGUAGACCACCGCGAUCGCUGUACACUUCAGGUGUCAUCGGCAUCUGACUUAUUCUUCUAACUUUAAUAUCUAAGUUCGUAUCCUCCAAA